AUGGCGGAUACCCCUGGCCCAAUAACACGUGGUCUGAAAAUGCCACGGCUUGAACCAGCUGAACCAAGCACGGGAUGGACGGUUACCCUGGAAGCCAUAAUAGACAGAUUAUGGGCCAUGCUGAGCAGCAAUACACAGCAAACAAAAACUACACAGGAGCCAAACACGAAAACACAUGCGAGCACUAAGAAGAGACCUGCGGGGCUCCCUAAGAACAGAAAGAAAUCCUGCACUCACCCGACUGCAGCAAAGCAACGAAAACUGCAGAGGCAAUGUUAUCAGCUGAGGAGGCGAGCUGCGGACGGACGUCUUGCACAAAGCUGCCGAGGAGUGCCGUGUACCAACACACGAAUGCCAGUCCUACACCGCACAACCAAACCACUGCAGGGCCAACAUCUGUGCCGCUUACAGCUGGUCAUCUCCUCACCAAGCGACAAUAUCGCUCCCUGGCAAGCCGCCCCCAAACUGGACAACUCUAUAUACCCGGUGGGCAUCGGCUAA